UCACCGAGUCUUUAAUUAACCCUCAAGUUCUAAGCUCCUAAUUUCUGUGUUUUUAAAAUUCAUUAUAAAAAAUAAUGGAUAACUCUCAAAAAAUGAAAUAUCAUGCUGGAGAAGCCAAGGGUCAAACUCAGGAGAAGGUGAGCAAUAUGAUGGACAAGGCAGCUGAUGCAGCUCAAUCAGCUAAAGAAUCAAUGCAAGAAGCAGGGCAACAGGUGAAGGCCAAAGUACAAGGAGCUGCUGAUGUUGUCAAGGAUGCAAUUAACAAAUGAAAAC